AUGUACGCCAUCGAUAAUGUUACAGAAUCAAAGACAACCAAGCGUAUUCAUUUGGACAGUAAUGCCAUAGGAGAGGAAGGUGCACGAUUCAUUGGUGAAGAAUUAGGAAAGAAUAUGACACUGACAUCACUAAAUCUGGCACGAAAUCAGAUUGGAACUAAAGGAGCACAGUAUUUAAGCUAUGGAUUAAAAAAUAAUACGACAAUUCAACGUAUUUAUCUAGAAGGCAAUGCAAUUGGAGACGAUGGUGCAUUACAUAUAGCUGAAUGGAUAAAAUCUAAUAAAGUACUUACUGGAAUUAGUUUGGGAAAGAAUCAAAUCGGAAGUCGCGGAGCAAAAUAUCUCAGCGAUGCGUUACAAGAUAAUAUGGCAAUUCGUCAUAUUUUGCUGGAAGAUAAUAAAAUUGGCGAUGAAGGUGCACAAUUUUUAGCUGAAGUCUUAAGAAAUAAAACGACACUUGCUUCGCUUCGACUCGCAAACAAUCAAAUUGGAGCUGAGGGAGCACAAUAUUUGAGAAAUAUAUUACAAAACAACGUGGUAACUUUUAAUCAUUUUAAUCAUAUACGUGAAAUCAAUGAAAGAAUUCUUGCAUAG